AUGUCCGGCCCCGCGGCCAACGCGUCUUCCUCCGUGCUUACGAACAGCCCGAACAGCCCGGUGACCAUCCCGGCGGUGAUGUUCAUCUUCGGGGUGGUGGGUAACCUGGUGGCCAUCGUGGUGCUCUGCAAGUCGCGCAAGGAGCAGAAGGAGACGACCUUCUACACCCUGGUGUGCGGGCUGGCCGUCACCGACCUGCUGGGCACGUUGCUGGUGAGCCCGGUGACCAUCGCCACGUACAUGAAGGGCCAGUGGCCCGGCGGCCAGGCUCUGUGCGAGUACAGCACCUUCAUCCUGCUCUUCUUCGGCCUGUCGGGCCUCAGCAUCAUCUGUGCCAUGAGCAUCGAGCGCUACCUGGCCAUCAACCACGCCUACUUCUACAGCCACUACGUGGACAAGCGGCUGGCGGGCCUCACGCUCUUCGCCGUCUACGCGUCCAACGUGCUCUUCUGCGCGCUGCCCAACAUGGGCCUGGGGAGCUCGCGGCUGCAGUACCCGCAAACCUGGUGCUUCAUCGACUGGACCACCAACGUGACGGCGCACGCAGCCUUCUCCUACAUGUACGCGGGCUUCAGCUCCUUCCUCAUCCUCGCCACCGUGCUCUGCAACGUGCUGGUGUGCGGCGCGCUGCUCCGCAUGCACCGCCAGUUCAUGCGCCGCACCUCGCUGGGCACCGACCAGCACCACGCGGUCAGCGCCGCAGCAGCCUUCGCCUCGACCGCCUGCCGGGGCCACCCGGCCGCCGCCUCCCCCGUUCUGCCGCGCCUCAGCGACUUUCGCCGCCGCCGGAGCUUCCGCCGCAUCGCGGGCGCCGAGAUCCAGAUGGUCAUCUUACUCAUCGCCACCUCCCUGGUGGUGCUCAUCUGCUCCAUCCCGCUCGUGGUGCGCGUGUUCAUCAACCAGCUGUACCAGCCGAAGCUAGUGCGGGAAAUCAGCAAGAACCCGGACCUGCAGGCCAUCCGGAUCGCCGCUGUGAACCCCAUCCUGGACCCCUGGAUAUACAUCCUCCUGCGGAAGACAGUGCUCAGCAAAGCCAUGGAGAAGAUCAAAUGCCUCUUCUGCCGCAUCGGAGGCUCCCGCCGAGACCUCCCGGGCCCGCACUGCUCCGACAGCCGCCGGACGUCCUCGGCCGUGUCGAGCCACUCGCGCUCCUUCCUUUCCCGGGAGCUGCGGGACGUCAGCAGCACGUCGCAGACCCUCCUUUACCUGCCAGACCUCAGCGACAAUGGUCUGGCCGGCGGGAGCCUGCUGCCAGGCGUGCCCAGCGUGAGCCUACCCCACGCCCAGGCAGACGCCACCUCCCUGAGGACUUUGCGGGUCUCAGAGACGUCGGACUCCUCGCAGGGGCAGGACUCAGAGAGUGUCUUACUGGUGGACGAGGUUGCGGGCAGCGCGGGGCCCGCCCCGAAGGGCAGCGCCCUGCAAGUCCCAUUCCCCAAUGAAACACUGAACUUAUCAGAAAAGUGUAUAUAGUAGCUAAGGAAAGCAAGGCCGCACUCUUUCUGGAAGCUUCUAAAAUCCAAUCCUGUGCAAUAGACACAUAGUGAAGUGUUUUAGCUGUGCUCCGAAGGGCUAUUUUCAUCCCGUGACUCACACGAAAGAGCAUCUGGUUUUUGAGUACUUUUCAAACAAUCAAGUUGAUUCGCGUGGCUCCUGUGGGCUGAAACACGUCGGUCGCCACCUCUCCAGGGUGGGUUUCGGUCACUACUUGCUUGCCGAGAUCUGCCCUUAGUUUUCUACUUGACAAGAAGAUGGCAACAACUUCAGGAGCUUUAUACCUGGCCCACAGCAGCAGGCCAGGUGUGGAGGGGCUUCAGUCCGGUGAACUAGGCGGACUGUCUUAGGGGCGAUUUCAGUGUCUCACUAAAGCAUGAAAUGUGAAUUUUAUUGUUGUAAAUAUGAUUUAAGGUAUUUAAAGUAUUUUCUUCUCUGUGAGAAGGUUUAUUGUUCAUACAAGGUAUAAUAAAAUUAUGCUAACCCUCUCAUCCCAGUAUAACUAGCUGAAGCUAUAGAUGUUAUGGUGGGGGUUUUUUUUCAUAAACAAGUUCAGGCCAAGGUGUUGAAAAUUCACAGUGAAACUCACUAUAAGAGGAAGAUAUAUUUUUUAAAAGAAUGAGUUUAGUACUGUUAAAGGACUAAAGAAAAAUAUUAUUUAAGACAUGAAAAUUACAGUCCAAAAUGUUAAAGUUUGCUCCCAUGCUACAUACAAUGCAUAGUGCAAAACGUUUAGUGCUGACUCCCUGUGUUUAUCCAGAAAACUCAUUUCUGGAGAACCUAACAUGCUGGCCAACAUUUUCUACUUCUGUGCCCACAAACUGGUACUUUUUAAAAUGUAACAAAUUUUAAAAAGUCCUUAAUAAAUAACCCAUUGUGGAAAUGUACAAUAUAAAAGAGCCCAAGCAGCUGUUUUCUGCUGAAAUUGUGCAUAGUCUUUACUUUCCUAAGAGAUGACCUAGAAUAUCCUUGAAAAUUUCAGAGGAAGACAGGCUUGCAUGCACCCUAUCGACCUUUACUUAGAGAUGUAAAAGGAGUGGUUAAAUGAGCCAUUCCCCGAUGUCAGACAAAUCUAGUAAGACGAGGGGUGCAAAACGUGGGCACAUAGGGUCUCCUUCCAACAGUCCUGUGUCAUGUCCCCGAUGCUGUACACGUAUGUGAAGGACACCUUCCCAAAGAAAUAUUAAGCAUGUUUUGUUGCUUAAAAGUGUGUUUGUGAAUUGCCUGGUUGUAAUUAAAUUCUGA